AUGGCCAAGUUCGCCGAGAAGAAGAAGGAAUGGCUCCGCCACCAACGGAAUCGAUUCGGCGAAAAGCGAAAGGCUGGCUUCGUGGAGACGCAAAAGGCCGACAUGCCUCCCGAACACUUGCGCAAGAUUGUCCGCGACAUUGGCGACUUCAUGCCUCAUGCGGUAUUAAAGCUGCUCGAGAAUAUGCCCAUGCCUUGGGAGUCGACGCGCGAAGUCAAGGUCCUGUACCAUGUUAAUGGUUGCUUGACCCUCGUCAACGAGAUUCCCCGAGUCAUCGAGCCGGUAUUCUUUGCCCAGUGGGCCAUGAUGUGGAUUGCCAUGAGAAGAGAGAAGCAGGAUCGAGCCCUGUUCAAGCGAAUGAGAUUCCCUCCCUUUGAUGACGAGGAACCGCCUCUGUCGUGGUCCGAGAACAUCGAGGAGGUUGAGCCCUUGCCCCCAUCCAAUUUGAUCUCGACGAAGACGAAGACGCUGCCCUAUAAGACUUGGAACCUAUCUCUCGAGCAGAUGGCGGCUCUUUUCCGUCUCAGCAAGCCCCUCGUUUCCGAUGUCGUUGACAAGAACUACUUCUAUCUCUUCGACCUAAAGAGUUUCCUGGCUGCCAAGGCCCUCAACGUAGCCCUACCCGGUGGUCCGCGUUUUGAGCCUCUCUACAAGGAUAUCGACCCCAACGAUGAGGAUAUCGGCGAGUUCAAUGCUAUCGAUCGCAUCAUUUUCCGUGGCGAAAACCGAAACGAGUUCCGCAUUGUCUUUGCUCGGGCCGAAGACCCCGACCUUCCCGCAUUCCAUAUCGACAAGGGCAUCCACAUCAUCCCUCCCCUGAAGCCGGCGGGAAACCAUGUUAGUCAUGAAGAUGAAAUCUUUGGUCCUGGAAACAACGAGGAGCCCGAGGAGGAUGCUUUCACUCUUCCCAAGGGAGUUGAGCCCUUCCUCGCUGAGGAGGAGUUGGCGCCAGAGCAAGCUUCCGAUGCCAUCGAGCUUUGGUGGGCCCCUUACCCCUUUAACCACCGUUCCGGCAAGAUGGUUCGUGCCCAAGACGUGCGCCUCAUCAAGCAGUGGUACCUCGAGCACCCUCCUAUGCAAGGCAAAUGCCCUGUCAAGGUAAGGGUGUCAUACCAGAAGCUACUCAAGUCCUAUGUCUUGAACGAGCUCCACCAGCAGCCGCCCAAGUCGCAAAAUAAGCAGGACCUGCUCAAGUCCCUGAGGCAGACCAAAUUUUUCCAGCAGACCACCAUCGAUUGGGUCGAGGCCGGUCUCCAAGUCUGCCGGCAGGGCUUCAACAUGCUUAACCUCUUGAUCCACCGAAAGAACCUCACCUAUCUCCAUCUCGAUUACAACUUUAACCUCAAGCCCUUGAUCGUCGAUGCUCACUGCCAGUUCCGUCUCGGCAACAUCGACGCCUUUGUGCUAGCUGAUGGAAUCCACUAUGCCUUCAAUCACGUUGGCCAGCUAACAGGUAUGUACCGUUACAAGUACAAGCUCAUGCACCAGAUCCGCUCUUGCAAGGAUCUCAAGCAUCUCAUCUACUACCGAUUCAACACCAAUGGCGUUGGCAAGGGCCCCGGCUGCGGCUUCUGGGCUCCUUCGUGGAGAGUCUGGCUCUUCUUCAUGCGAGGUAUUAUCCCUCUCCUUGAGCGAUGGCUUGGGAACCUCCUGUCUCGUCAAUUCGAGGGUCGCCAUAGCAAGAGCGUGGCCAAGACCGUCACCAAGCAGCGAGUCGAGUCGCACUACGAUUUGGAACUCAGGGCUUCCGUCAUGGCCGAUCUCAUGGAUAUGAUGCCCGAGGGUAUCAAACAGAACAAGGUCAACACCGUCCUGCAGCAUUUGUCCGAGGCCUGGAGGUGCUGGAAGAGUAACAUCCCCUGGAAGGUCCCUGGCCUACCUGCGCCCAUUGAGAACAUCAUCCUCCGCUACGUCAAGGCCAAGGCCGAUUGGUGGAUCUCCGUCGCCCACUACAACCGUGAGCGAAUUCGACGAGGUGCGACCGUGGACAAGACCGUCGCGAAGAAGAAUGUUGGCCGUCUCACCCGACUCUGGCUCAAGGCGGAGCAGGAGAGGCAGCAUAAUCACAUGAAGGAUGGCCCCUAUGUAUCAUCCGAGGAGGCCGUCGCUAUCUACACCACCACUGUUCACUGGCUUGAGUCACGCAAAUUUUCUCCCAUUCCUUUCCCCAGUGUCUCCUACAAGCACGAUACCAAGAUUCUCAUCCUCGCUCUCGAGAGGUUGAGGGAGGCGUAUUCCGUCAAGGGUAGAUUGAACCAGAGCCAAAGAGAGGAGCUGGCUUUGAUCGAACAAGCCUACGACAGCCCGGGUACCACGUUAGAGAGGAUCAAGCGCUUCCUUCUCACGCAGAGAGCUUUCAAGGAAGUCAGUAUCGAUAUGAACGACAAUUAUAACACGAUUAACCCCGUGUAUGAUAUCGAGCCAAUGGAGAAGAUUAGCGACGCCUAUUUGGAUCAGUAUCUCUGGUAUCAAGCUGACCAAAGGAACCUUUUCCCUGCUUGGAUCAAGCCCUCCGAUUCCGAGGUCCCGCCUCUUCUGGUCUACAAGUGGGCCCAGGGUAUCAACAACCUAGAUCGCGUUUGGGUCACCGAGGACGGCGAGUGCAAUGUGCUUGUCGAAACCUCGUUUGCCAAGGUCUAUGAGAAGGUGGAGCUUACCCUGCUCAAUUCGCUGCUGAGGCUAAUCAUGGAUCACAACUUGGCGGAUUAUAUCACUGCCAAGAACAAUGUGCAGCUCACCUACAAGGAUAUGAACCACACCAACAGCUACGGAAUGAUCCGUGGUCUCCAGUUCUCGGCCUUUGUCUUCCAGUACUACGGCCUUAUCCUUGAUCUUCUCCUCCUUGGCCCCCAGCGAGCGAGCGAGAUUGACGGCCCUCCCCAGAAGCCUAACGAUUUCCUUCAGUUCAGUAGCAAGGAGGUCGAGACGAGACACCCUAUCCGCCUGUACAGCAGGUACAUCGACAAGGUCUGGGUCUUCCUGCGAUUCACCGCCGAGGAGGCUCGUGAUCUCAUCCAGCGGUACCUGACCGAGCAGCCCGAUCCCAACUUUGAGAAUGUGAUCGGGUACAAGAGCAAAAAGUGCUGGCCUAGAGAUUGUCGAAUGCGACUGAUGAGGCACGACGUCAACUUGGGCCGAGCCGUCUUCUGGGAUCUGAAGAACCGUCUCCCCAGAUCCGUAACCACGAUCGAUUGGGAUGACAGCUUCGUCAGCGUGUACAGCAAAGACAACCCCAACUUGCUCUAUUCCAUGUGCGGGUUCGAGGUGCGCAUUCUGCCCAAGUGCCGCAACAAGAACGAUGAGUUCUCCGAGGUCGACAGUGUGUGGUCUCUGGUGGAGAACACGACCAAAGAGCGUACCGCCCAUGCCUUUUUACAAGUGACGGAAGAGGACAUUCAGAAGUUCAACAACAGGAUCCGACAGAUUCUCAUGUCCUCGGGCUCCACGACCUUCACCAAGAUUGCCAACAAGUGGAAUACGGCCUUGAUUGCCCUCUUCACAUACUAUCGCGAGGCUGCCGUUUCGACGGUUCCCCUCCUAGAUACCAUUGUCAAGUGCGAGACCAAGAUCCAAACCCGUGUCAAGAUUGGUCUUAAUUCCAAGAUGCCUUCUCGUUUCCCUCCCGCGGUGUUUUACACGCCCAAGGAACUUGGUGGUCUUGGUAUGAUUUCUGGCUCUCAUAUCCUCAUCCCCGCCAGCGACAAGCGGUGGUCGAAGCAGACCGACACCGGCGUCACCCAUUACAGGGCGGGUAUGACGCAUGACGAAGAAACCUUGAUCCCCAACAUCUUCCGUUACAUUAUUCCCUGGGAGGCCGAGUUCAUCGAUUCCCAGCGAGUCUGGACAGAGUACGCCCAGAAGCGUAUGGAGGCCAACCAGAACAAUCGCCGCCUAACGCUCGAGGAUCUCGAAGAUAGCUGGGAUCGCGGUUUGCCCCGUAUAAACACCCUCUUCCAAAAGGAUCGAAGCACUAUCAGCUUCGAUAAGGGUUACCGUGCUCGCUCCGAGUUCAAGAUUUACCAGCUAAUGAAGAGCAACCCGUUCUGGUGGACGAGCCAGAGGCAUGACGGCAAGCUCUGGAACCUCAACGCCUACCGAACUGAUGUGAUCCAAGCCCUCGGAGGUGUCGAGACCAUCCUGGAACACACUCUUUUCAAGGCGACGGGCUUCCCCUCUUGGGAGGGUCUCUUCUGGGAGAAGGCCAGCGGUUUCGAAGAGUCCAUGAAGUUCAAGAAGCUGACCAACGCCCAACGUUCCGUCCAGCUCGAUCUCACGGGUAUCUUCCUCCACGGCAAGAUCCCCACGCUCAAGAUCUCGCUCAUUCAAAUUUUCCGAGCUCAUUUGUGGCAGAAGAUCCACGAAUCUGUGGUGAUGGAUUUGUGUCAGGUGUUUGACCAGGAGCUGGACUCCUCCUGCGCGGAUAUUCUCUUGUUCGCCAGCUACAAGUGGAACGUGACGAGGCCCUCGCUGCUGUUUGAUACCAAGGACGUCAUCGAGCCUGCGACCACCAACAAAUUCUGGGUGGAUCUCCAGCAUCUACCCUCGGCUACCGGUCUCAUGGUCGGUAUCGACCUGGCCUACAAUCUUUAUUCCGCUUUCGGCAUGUACUUCCCCGGCUUGAAGAUUCUCAUCCAGCAAGCCAUGGGUAAGAUCAUGAAGGCCAACCCGGCCCUGUACGUUCUCCGCGAGCGUAUCCGAAAGGGUCUGCAGCUGUACGCCUCGGAGAGCAACCAAGAGUUCCUCAACUCGCAAAAUUACUCGGAGCUCUUCAGCAACCAGACGCAGCUUUUCAUCGAUGAUACCAACGUUUACCGUGUCACGAUUCACAAGACGUUUGAGGGUAACUUGACAACGAAGCCCAUCAACGGUGCCAUUUUCAUCUUCAACCCCAGGACUGGUCAGCUCUUCUUGAAGAUUAUUCAUACCAGUGUCUGGGCGGGUCAAAAACGUCUCGGCCAGCUAGCGAAGUGGAAAACGGCAGAAGAAGUGGCAGCGCUUAUCCGCUCGCUCCCUGCGGAAGAACAGCCCAAACAGCUCAUCGUCACGCGCAAGGGUUUGCUAGAUCCUCUCGAGGUUCACCUGCUCGACUUCCCCAACAUUUCUAUCCGUGCUUCCGAGCUGCAGCUACCGUUCCAGGCUGCGAUGAAGGUGGAGAAGCUUGGUGACAUGAUCUUGCGUGCCACGGAACCCCAGAUGGUCCUGUUCAACCUCUACGACGAAUGGCUAAAGACCAUUUCGUCGUACACGGCCUUCUCGCGUCUGAUUCUUAUUCUCCGCGCCCUCCACGUCAAUAUGGACAAGACCAAACUCAUCUUACGACCCGACAAGACGGUCAUUACGCAAGAUCACCAGAUCUGGCCCACGCUGACGGAUGAGGAUUGGAUCAAGGUGGAAACGCAACUCCGCGACCUUAUCCUACACGACUACGGAAAGAAGAACAACGUCAACGUAUCCAGUUUGACCAGCAGCGAAGUCCGCGAUAUCAUUCUGGGUAUGGAGAUUUCGGCGCCUUCUAUGCAGAGGCAACAGGCGGCCGAGAUCGAGAAGCAGCAAGAGGAGCAGAGGCAGCUUACGGCGGUAACGACCAAGACGCAGAACGUGCGUGGCGAGGAAAUUGUCGUCACGACAACAUCGCAGUUUGAGCAGCAGACGUUUGCGUCCCGGACGGAAUGGCGCACCCGUGCCAUUGCCACGUCUAACCUACGCACCCGCUCAAACAACAUCUAUGUGUCGUCGGUGGAUGGCGAGCUUGACGAGAUCACGUACGUGAUGCCGAACAAUAUCCUCAAGCGCUUCAUCAAGAUUGCCGACCUUCGCGUUCAGGUGGCCGGCUACCUCUACGGCUCAUCGCCCGAUGACAACGACAUGGUGAAGGAGAUCAAGUGCAUUGUUCUGGUGCCACAAAUUGGCGGGCUGCGAAACGUCCAGCUUCCCCAGCAGCUUCCCCAACACCCCCUCCUUCAGUCGAUGGAGCCCCUCGGCAUCAUCCACACAAUGUCGGGCAAUGAGCUACCCUACAUGUCGGCGGUUGACGUGACGGAGCAUGCCAAGCUGCGAGAUGCGCACUCGUCUUGGGCCAAGGACAACCAGACGAUGACGGUGACGGUGGCCUUCACGCCCGGCUCCGUCUCGCUCUCGGCGUGGGCGCUUACGCCACAAGGCUACAAGUGGGGCCUGGAGAACAAGGACCUGCAGAGCGACCAGCCUCAGGGCUUCACCACGUCCAUGGGCGAGAAGCGGAAGCUGCUCCUUAGCCCCCGUUUCAACGGCUUCUUCCUCGUACCCGAGGCCGGCCAGUGGAACUACAGCUUCAUGGGCAGCGCCUUUACGAGAUUGGAGAAGAGGCCGAUCCGCUGCAAGGUCGACACACCGCAGUCCUUCUAUAGCGACUUGCACCGGCCGAUCCACUUCCAGGGCUUCGCGGAAAUGGAGGACGUUGGCGUCGAUCGCGCAGACAACUUUGCAUAA